UACGGGUGCAAUUCCCAGAGUAGGGUCAGGACUCGGGACUCAGAAGUAGUUGUAACAGAGGCUUGAGUCAGACUCAGACCCGCGACAAUGGAGUUGGACAUGGCAGCUAUGUCUUCGGCGAUCGGGGUGUCCGUCCCGGUCCUCCGAUUUCUGCUCUGUUUCGCGGCCACCUUGCCGGUCAGCUUCCUCUGGCGCUUCAUUCCCGGCGGACCAACCGCCAAACACCUCUACGCUGCCAUCACCGGCGCUUUACUCUCCUAUCUCUCUUUCGGCUUCUCCUCCAACCUCCAUUUCUUGGUCCCCAUGUUGCUGGGGUACGCUUCCAUGGUCCUCUACCGCCGCCGAUGCGGCCUCCUCACUUUCUUCUGGGGAUUCGGUUACCUCAUUGGAUGCCAUGUAUACUACAUGAGUGGCGAUGCAUGGAAGGAAGGAGGUAUUGAUGCUACUGGUGCUUUAAUGGUGUUAACACUGAAAGUCAUCUCAUGUGCAAUAAAUUACAAUGAUGGAUUAUUGAAAGAGGAAGGUUUGAGUGAGGCACAAAAGAAAAACCGAUUGGUUAAGUUGCCCUCAUUAAUUGAGUAUAUUGGUUAUUGUCUCUGCUGUGGAAGCCACUUUGCCGGGCCAGUUUAUGAAAUGAAGGAUUAUCUUGAGUGGACAGAAAGGAAGGGGAUUUGGAUGCAUUCUGAGAAGGAACAGUCACCAUCACCUUAUGGGGCAACAGUCAAAGCUCUUGUCCAAGCUGCUUUUUGUAUGGGCUUGUACUUGUACCUGGUACCCCAUUAUCCACUGUCCCAGUUUACUGAUCCUAUAUACCAAGAAUGGGGUUUCUGGAAACGGUUGAGUUACCAGUACAUGUCUGGCUUUACGGCACGUUGGAAGUAUUACUUCAUCUGGUCAAUCUCAGAGGCUUCUAUCAUUAUUUCUGGCCUGGGUUUCAGUGGUUGGACGGAUUCAUCUCCACCAAAACCGAAAUGGGACCGUGCGAAAAAUGUUGAUGUUUUGGGUGUCGAGCUGGCCAAGAGUGCGGUUCAAUUACCACUUGUGUGGAACAUACAAGUCAGCACCUGGCUACGCCAUUACGUUUAUGAGAGGCUCAUUCAAAAGGGAAAGAAACCUGGUUUCUUUCAGUUGCUGGCUACCCAGACUGUCAGUGCCGUUUGGCACGGAUUAUAUCCUGGAUAUAUCAUAUUCUUUGUGCAGUCAGCGUUGAUGAUUGCCGGUUCAAAAGUCAUUUAUAGAUGGCAGCAAGCUAUUCCGCCAAAUAUGGCUCUGAUCAAGAAGGCAUUAGUGUUUAUGAACCUUGCAUACACACUUUUGGUGUUGAACUACUCCUGUGUUGGUUUCCUGGUAUUAAGCCUGCAUGAAACACUUGCCGCAUACGGGAGCGUAUAUUACAUUGGGACCAUUGUUCCCAUAAUAAUCAUCCUCCUCGGCAGUGUAAUCAAACCGCCAAGGUCUGGAAGGUCUAAAGCUCGGAAAGAACAGUGAAGGUAGAAACCACAUUUUCUGCUUCUCUUCAGAGUACAUGGAAUGAGAUUAGCAAAUUGUCGAACACUACUUUCUGCGGAAUCACCGUUUUUUGAUGAGUUGUAACAUCUGCUCUGAUCUUACGAUUGUUGAGCCUGUCCACAUUUAAAUGUGUACAUUGAGUUACAAAAUUAGAAUUAACUGUAACAUUUUGAAACACUUAAAAGAUAACCUACACUUUUUUUUUUU